AGAGAUUCGGGGUGGAACCUUGUGAAGCCGUCCUCUUUGCUACAUCAGUUGCCGUACCAUAAUGUCCAAACCGAAGUUUCAGAUGGAGUGGGAGGAAAUUGACGAGGAAUAUCAACAAUUACAGGAAACUCACAAAAUAUACAGACAAAAACUUGAGGAGCUCACCAACCUUCAGACAACAUGCAGCAGCGCCAUCAGUAAACAGAGAAAAUGCCUGAAAGACCUACGUUACAGCAUGAGCAAGUGUGCACAAUCAUGCAACGAGAAAGAACUGGAACUAAUAACAGACAUCAAGACACAAAUCAAAGAUAAAGAAAAUGUGUUCUUUGAUAUGGAAGCAUAUUUGCCCAAAAAAAACGGGCUUUACCUGAAUUUGGUCCUGGGCAACGUGAACGUAACACUCCUCAGCAACCAGGCAAAAUUUGCCUACAAAGACGAGUAUGAGAAGUUCAAGCUUUAUAUGACAAUAAUCCUGAUGUUUGGAGCAAUAACCUGCCUCUUCUUUCUCAACUGUCGGGUCACUGAUGAAAUCUUCAACUUUUUGCUGGUGUGGUACUACUGCACACUGACCAUAAGGGAAAGCAUCCUCAUGAGCAACGGCUCCAGGAUCAAAGGUUGGUGGGUGUCUCACCAUUAUGUAUCUACCUUCCUGUCAGGUGUGAUGCUUACCUGGCCAGAGGGGCCCAUGUAUCAGAUGUUCAGAAGCCAGUUUCUUGCAUUCUCCAUAUAUCAGAGCUUUGUUCAGUUCCUCCAGUAUUACUACCAGAGCGGCUGCUUGUACAGGCUGCGAGCUCUGGGAGAGAGAAAUCAGCUGGACCUCACAGUGGAGGGAUUUCAGUCCUGGAUGUGGAGAGGCCUCACUUUUCUUUUGCCAUUUCUCUUUUUUGGCCACUUUUGGCAGCUGUACAACUCAGUGACCCUGUUUCGCUUGGCAAGACAUGAGGACUGUAAGGAGUGGCAGGUAUUCAUGCUGGCACUGACAUUUCUCGUCCUGUUCCUGGGGAAUUUUCUCACCACGUUGAAAGUCGUCCACCAAAAGAUUCAGAAAAACCAGGAAAAGGUGCAAAAGACCAACUGAGACAAAAGCUCAGCGAGACACCUCAGAUUCAUACAGCGGCCAGUAAUUUUGAAGCAACACGCACAAUCGCUUGAUAGACUGACCACAGUGCGGUCCGACCGGGAGACACCGCUGUUACUCUCUGGCUUUGGUGGCAGCAGCAGCAGCGUCCAGCCAAAGCAUCUGGCCAACAGGCUUCUGCUUUCCAGUGACUCGUCGUCGAUGUCGCCGCACAGUCGGUCACAACACAAAGUGGCGUUCGCCUGAUAGACCAACAGUUUGUCGCUUUAUCCUGUACAUAGAAAAACAGUGAGUGGAAAGAAUGUGUUGUAUUUGGGUGUUUGUGUCAGUCAGCGCAUGAAUCUGUCAGAGAGCCUCUGUUCAAAUCAUAUGCAACUAAAAGAGGGCAGGUAGCCUCGAUUAACCGACCUGAAUCAUAGUUUUGCCUUUAAAGACCCAACGUCUGUCACGUACAUGCUUCAUACUUCUGUGAAGUAGUCAUGGUCAAACUGUCUCCGGCUUGAACACAACUGUUCAACGUGGCGCCGCGCUUCAUCUCCUGAAUUUGCUUUUUGUGUGUAGUUCUCAACAUCCCUGCUGUGCUAUUUCACUGCUAACCAGUAUUUAUUUUACUAGUUUUUCAAAAAACAUAAACCUGAUACUUGACUGCCCAGAAAGAAAAAUCUGCUUCUGAUGCAUUUUGUCCAUCUGGAAUCGGUGGCAGCUCCGUUUUUUUGUUGUUGUUGUUGUUGUUGUGCAAGGGACUGCAAGGGAAUACAACACUGUUUCUUCCUGCAGGCAGCGGUUACAAAAGCCAUAACUGUUUUUGUAUUAUGAUCUAACGCCUAAACUUGAUUAUGUGGCUAAGUUACAAGAACGUACACAUAAAAACUUGUACUGUCUCUACUGUUGUUUCCAGUGAGGCUUAAAGGAGGCUUUGAUGUGAACUCCUCCACACAGUUUACACCCAUAGUUCUUAUUAACAUAUUGCAGACAGACUGUAAUACAUAUACAGGUUUAUUAUGUUCCACUAAUGGUCUAAUUUAACACUUGAAGUCCAUGUGGUUUGGAUUGAUCAUUAUUGGGGAAAAAAAACAUGCUAUUAGUUCCCAUCUUAUUAUCUGAAGUUGCUGAACUGUAUUAUGAUCAAAUGCUGCUAUUAGCUCUGGUACUGUAAGGCUAAAGAUACAGAGGGAUGAUUAGACCUGUGCUGGAUUAUUGUUUUUCUAAAUCCAAUCAACAACCUAAAUAAAAUAUUUGUAUGAAAUCACUUACGGCCAAAUCUGAAACUCCCGCUCUAGUUCUCUGCGGUGUCGCCCGGUUCAUGUUUCAUGCUUGUUUAAAAGUGUUACACAAAGGUAUUUUUGUUUCUUCAGCUAAGGUUCAGAUGGGCUCAAACCAACAGCUGUAGUAGUGUCAGGUCUCUCAUGCCUUAUUCUCCCUCUGGCCUGUUGCCACAAAAAGAAAAGUCAGCCCCGGUUUAUUCAGAAGAAUCAAAAGGCGGUAGCAUUACAUUUGUCAUGUCCCAUAAAGCAAUCAUGCUGAAGAGAAUCACAGCGUUUAUUUAUAUGUAUCUUUUUUUAAUGAGGGGAAAAUUGUUAGUUACAGACCAAAAUGUUACAUUUGAUGCGAGAGCUGCCAGACUGCAUAAAACAACUUGAUUUCCUCAUUUUUAAAAUGUAGCUGAUGUUCAAUAAUGUGUACAUCGUUCAUCACCAGACUGUCACUGGUGCCUGAGUGACCAGGAACAAGAGGCAGUUGACAAUUUCUCAAUCUGUGUACAAAGUUGUAAAAAAAAAAAAAAAAAAAGAAUAUUAAUAAUUAAACACCUCA